AUGACCUGGUAUAAAAGUUUGCCCGACGAGUCCAUCACAUCAUGGAGGGUGCUCGGAAAACUUUUUUCCAGACAUUUCACGGCCUCCCGAAGACACCCCAAGUCAGAAGCCUCUUUGGAAGCCAUUAUCCAAGAAAAGGACCAGUCUCUACGGGCGUACAUAGAAAGAUUCAAUAAGGAAGCCGUACAGGUAUCCACAACAUCCCAUAUGAAGAAAUUCUUGCUCGAGCGCGGCCUCCGACCAUGCUCGGACUUCGCUAAAGCCGUCGGAAUUGAAACACCGGCCACUCUUGACGAAUUCUUCCUUAAUGCCCAAGCCUACAUACAUUAUGAGGAGAAAGAAUCCGCCCACGCCGUCCGCAAUUCCAGGCACGAAGAGAGAAGUAAAAAUGCACGCCAAGAUGAGUCUCGCCGGGGAACUGACAAAAAGAAGGAUAAUAAAACUCGGGACCCUAAGGACUACAAAACCCCUGCGGGGAAAUUCCGAGAGUACACCCCGCUGAACGCUUCAAGGGAGCGCAUCUUGAGCGAAUGCGCAAACGCCGAGUUUCAGACGGGCAAGUUCCGGUUCCCGAAGAGCAUGCUCGCCCGGCCAAACGUGGAUAAAUCAAAAUUUUGCCGAUUCCACAAAGGCCACGAGCACAACAACGAGGAUUGCAUCCACCUUCGACCACGCCAAAGGCAGUCCUUCCUCAACAUCUUUUUACAAAGAAGAGUUGCCCGGAGGAGCACCUAA